GUUCUUAUAGAAAAGCUGAUUUGAGUAUAAAUAAGUGGAGAAGAUCCUUUCUUUUACGGUUCUCUCUUCUCCAAAUAGUUCUGAUCGCUAUCCCUUUUUUCUUUCUUUUCAUUUUCUUUUUUCUACAUCUUUUUGUUUCCUGACCUGCUUAUUAUAGAAGCUAUUAUAUUCGUUACUGUUCUAUCCUUGUUCCUCUCCCCCUUUACAAAAGCUCAUUUACAAUAAGAAAAUUCAAAUACUAGUUGUUUGCUUCCAUCAUGGGUGUUCUAACCAGAUUCUCCACCAAUAUCUAUGCUAUCGGUACCUUUGCCGCCAUUGCUGGUAUCAUGUUUGGCUUUGACAUUGGUUCCAAUUCAGGUGUCAUUGGCACAGAACAAUAUCAAGAGUACUUUCAUAGACCUGAUCCUUUGUUGCAAGGUGGCAUCAACGGUGCUCUUUCAGCCGGUUGUUUCGUGGGUGCCUUAAUUGCAGGUUAUUUUGCGGACAGAUUUUCUCGUAAAUUUACACUUAUCGGUGCAUCUUCUUUGUUCAUUGUUGGUUCUGUGUUUCAGGCUGCUUCUAAUGGUGUUCCUUUACUAUGUGUUGGACGUGUGUUGAACGGUCUAUCUGUCGGCGUCACUUCCAUGGUAGUUCCCCUUUAUCAAUCUGAAGUGGCUCCUCAAGAAAUUCGGGGUCGUAUUGUUGCUGUUCAACAAUGGGCUAUUACUUGGGGUAUUAUGGUUUCUUUUUGGAUCCAAUAUGGUGCCCAAUUUGCUAAAAAUACUGCUGCCUUCCGUAUUCCUUGGGCUAUUCAAGCUGUUCCUGCUCUUGUUCUUACUUGUGGUAUGUGGAUUUUCCCUCAUUCUCCUCGAUGGCUUGCAGAUAAAGGCCGUAUAGAAGAAGCUACCAAGGUCCUUGCUGACAUUCACGGCAACGGUGACCCCAAUCAUCCUCGUGUUCAACGGGAAGUCGAAGAAAUUAUGGCUGCUAUCCACUUUGACAGAGAAAUCGCCUCUCACCGUUAUACUGAUUUAUUCAAGCCUGGUAUGGCCUACCGUGUCUCUCUUGGUGUGUGUCUUCAAAUUUGGCAACAAUUGACAGGCAUGAACAUUAUUAUGUUCUAUGUCGUUUUCCUAUUUCAACAAGCUGGUAUCGGUGAUAGUCAAGAAGCACGUUUGGUUUCUUCUGGUGUUUCUUACGUUAUCAACGUGGUAAUGACUGUGCCUGCUAUUCUCUGGGUCGAUAAAUGGGGACGUCGUCCUACUUUGAUCUUUGGCGCUCUUUUUAUGUCCAUCUUCUUAUGGACUGUAGGUGGUGUCUUGUCUACAGGCAACUGGUCGAUCGGUGCUGAUGGUAAAUGGGGUGUCAAACUUACAAGCAAAUCACAAGCCGAUGGGGUUGUUGCUUGUAUUUACCUUUUCGUCGCUUCAUUUGCUACUACUUGGGGUCCUUUGGGUUGGAUUUAUCCUGCUGAAAUAUACCCUCUUCGUGUUCGUGCUAUGGCCGUCUCCUUAUCUACAGCCUCUAAUUGGUUGUUCAACUGGGUUUUGAACUUUGUUGUACCCUUGCUUAUGGAACGUAUUCGUUACGGUUUGUACCUCUUGUUUGCUGCUUUCAAUCUGUUGAUGGCUAUUCAUGUUUUCAUUGCUUAUCCCGAAACAAAGGGCUUUACUCUUGAAGAAAUUGAUAUUGUCUUCCAACACAAUCCUCGUAAGAAGAUUCCUCGUGAAGUGAUGGACAAAUGGAUUGAAGAUAGAGGCAUUCAACGAGAGAACAGCCACGCUGAUAAUUUCAGUGAAAAUAAGACAGAAGUUACUAGACAUGAAGAGGCUUAGUUGUUUGUUUUCUUCCUUUAACGUACUUUUUCUGACCUUUGUUUAUCUAUCUGCCACAGCUUUUUUUUUUUUCCCCCUACCUUUUCUUACUAUUUAUAGUAUUUUUAAUUCUGUACUCAUUCUUAUAUUAAUACAUAUGCCUUUUAAUUUAAUGCCAUAUCAGCAAG